GAGAGAGACUAAGUUCCAAUCGCGAAAUGUCAAAGGUCAGCCAGAUGAGAUAUUUCAAAAAGUCACGCCGCUCAAGCUCCGCGUUUCAGCUGCGUCGCUGAUGAUGAUGACUGAAUUGCAGUUGUAGACUUGACUACGUAUUCGUCGCGACGUCAAGCCAUAGACGCCGGUUUGAUCUAUCUUUCUGUGUUGCAUUGUCGUACGGCCCAUCAAUUGACAAUUGCCGGAUCAGUCGCCCGAGCAGGAGCUAGAUCGCAGCCCCCUUUGUCCCGACGCUUCGACGGCAAAACUGGAGUCGCGCUCGUGCAGGUGCGCGCGCAUGCAGCUGCAGAAAAGCCCGAAAACUCAAUCGACGCAAGCCCAGUAAGUCCGGUCAUUCACACGUCGUUCCUUGGUGCUUUCCGGCCAGAGAGAAAGAGAGAGAGAGCGUGCGAGGAAUCAUGUCACCGCCCGUGAUCAAGAGGCACCAGUCGGAGCUGCAGCUCGAGUCCGUGGCUAAGCUGUCGAGCAUACCGAUCGUCGAGAGCGGCAUCUACAUCGCCAACAGCGUCUACGAGAAGAUCAAGCGCUCGAACUUUCUCAUGGGAUGGGGCCUGGACACGGCCGAGCACUCGUUGGCCCUGGCCACGGGACCGGCGAUAAGCGCCAUGCACCUCAUCGCCCUGCAGCCCAUCAUGACGAUCGACCAAUUGCUGUGUCGAGGCAUCGACAUGGUCGAGCAGCGCGUGCCAGCCGUCACCCUCUCGCCACAAAUCAUGUACUGGAACACGAGAGAAUACGUGAACAAUAAAUUCGUCAAGCCACUGCUCAUCAGGGCGGACAGCGUGAAGAUGAUCGGCAGCCAAGCGGCCAGCGCAGCCGUCGACCGAUUGAACGGCGCCAUAGACGUGGCCGAUCAGUACGUCGACCACUACCUGCCACCCGAUCCCGCCGACAAGAUCGCCGAGACUGAUUAUUUAGCGGAUCUCUUUGUUUGUUGCACACGCGCUAAUGGGUGUUACUCGACGCGACCACUCGCAGCCGACGUGACGGACUCGGCGGCCAAGAGCAGCGAGGAGACGAGCAAGGCGGUGCGCACGAUCGAGCACGGGGCCCGAUUCUCGCGCAAGCUCCAGAGGAGGCUGACCCGGCGCACCCUGGCCGAGGCGCGCGCCCUCAAGGAGCAGGGCACCGAGUGCAUCCACGUGCUCCUCUACGUCGUCGAGCUGGUGGCGACCGACCCGAAACUGGCCAUGCAGAAGGCCAAGGAGCUGUGGGCCUCGCUGAGCCUGCCCGAACCCGAGAACCAGGCCCGCCCGAAGAAUCUCGAACAGCUGCUGGUGCUGUUCACCCGCGAGACGGCGCGCCGCCUCGUCCACCUGGUCAACGGCUCGUCGAGCUUGGCCGCCCGGGCCCCGGGACGCCUGGCUCACGCCCUCGUCAGAAUCUCCCAUCGGCUCGUCUCCAUCUCCGAGCAGAUACUCCAGAUAAUUCCAAUGGCCGGCAAGGUGGUCCGUAAAAAAUUUAACGAGCGCAUGAGCACCCUGAGAUACGCAAUUUACAGACUGAACUCGGCUACCAAUCACUUUUUGGAGCAGAUAGCAGCUUACUUGGCCGGGCGUCCCAAGUCAUCAAAAAAAGGACUGCACUCUUCGGUUCGCCAAUCGAAUUACAACAAUCAUCUUACUAAUGCGCAAAAUUCGACAAAAAAUGGCAUCGAUUAAUGGAUCACAAGCUGACCGAUUUCAAACGCAUCAAUAAUGAAUUAUCAAAUUAUCGAAGUUUUUAAUUUUUUUUUUAUAUAUCCUGGAUCAAUGUGAAAAUUAUUACUUUCUGGUACAUUCAGAGGAGUCGUUACGCUAUUUUCUAGGAAUUUUUAGGAUUAAUUUUUCGAUACACAUUGUGAACAAUUGUGCCUGUAGUGAUAAGCUGAAAAAAAAAUAAAUAAAAAUACGAGAGAUGUAGCAAUCAGGGUAAUUUCGACCUUGGAUUGUUUAAGUUAAAUGAAAGAACAAACAAGUAUAAUGCAAUUAAUGAUAUUUUUACCGACGAGUAAAUUUUGUAGCGAAACAAAUCAAUAAAAUAAUUCAUAAUUCUUAA